CCCUACAAACCGAUUUAGCGGUUGCACACCGAACCUACCCCAAGUUGACACCCAUCUCCCGAUUCCGUUUCGCCGCUCUUUGCGUUUCUCAUUCUCUGGUUACGUUACAUAUAAAAUAUUUAUAUGUAGCUAACACUAGUUUCUCGUCUACAUCGCAACCACUUAGGUUGGGAGGUUUGAGAUCGCAUCAUCAUCAUCCAAUCUGCAGAAAAUGGCUUCUUUGACUCCAUCACUACUCUUUCCUCCUCCUCCUUCUCCUUCUCCUUCUUCUUAUUCAAAUUCAUAUUCAUUACCCACCAGACACAAGUCUAUCCUACGAAAUCUUCCCAGACUGACUCGAAGAAGAGCUCUUCGUGUUUUGGUCAUGGCAGCGAAUAAUGAAGCCCCUUCUUCUCCUCAGAAAUUAACCAAAUUGGUCACAUUUUUAGGCAAAGGCGGCUCUGGCAAGACCACUUCCUCCAUCUUCGCCGCUCAGCAUUAUGCAAUGGCUGGGCUUAAAACAUGCUUGGUGAUACAAUCCCAAGAUCCUACUGCUGACUAUCUUCUAAAUUGUAAGAUUGGAACUUCUCCAAUCACAUGCAACAACAACCUUUCAGCUGUUAGGCUGGAAACUACUGAAAUGCUGCUUGAACCUCUCAAUCGGCUGAAGCAAGCAGAUGCUCGUCUUAAUAUGACCCAAGGAGUGCUCGAAGGGGUGGUUGGAGAAGAGCUUGGGGUUCUCCCUGGCAUGGAUUCUAUAUUUUCAGCUUUAGCACUUCAGAGGCUUGUAGGAUUCUCUAGGAAUGUUGCUCAAAGAAACCGGCAGGAAGAUAAAUUUGAUGUAAUUGUAUAUGAUGGUAUUAGUACUGAAGAAACUAUACGGAUGAUUGGUGCAACUAGCAAAGCAAGAUUGUACUUGAAGUAUUUGCGAAACUUGGCUGAAAAGACUGACCUUGGGAGGUUGGCUGGUCCAUCUCUCUUGAGAUUUGCAGAUGAAGCUAUUAGUUCAAGCACUAGAGGGUCCCAGCUCAAUGGGAAAAUGAGUGCAGAAAUAUGGGACGAUCUAGAACAAACUCUGGAGAAAGGAUCUUCUGUCUUUGCGGAACCAAGUAGAUUUGGCUGCUACCUUGUGAUGGACCCAAACAGCCCAGCUUCCGUGAACUCUGCUUUACGUUUUUGGGGUUGUACAAUCCAAGCUGGUGCACAGGUUUCUGGUGCAUUUGGUAUUGUGUCUCCAAGUUCUCGUGUAGAAUCAAUGGAAACAGUUGAGAAGAACUUUUCACCAUUACCUUAUUCUCUCAUUCCGACUAUCUCAAUGGAACCCUCUCGAAAUUGGAAUGAGAUAUUGCUGAACGAAAUCAGUAAAGAUGCACAAGAACUUCUCUCUGUGCAAACAAGCCAUUACAUCCCUAUUGUCCCUUCAGUCAGGUUUGAUCCUGCCAAGAAAUCAGUCACCCUCUUUAUGCCAGGUUUCGACAAGUCAGAAAUCAAACUAUACCAAUUCAGGGGAGGAUCAGAGUUGCUUGUGGAAGCGGGGGAUCAAAGACGUGUCAUCCAUCUGCCAUCUCAAAUUCAAGGAAAGGUGGGAGGUGCCAAGUUUACCGAUAGAAGUCUCAUCAUCACAAUGCGGUAGUGUAUGCAUUAUUUCUCACUCCAGAGAAAGAGAGAUCAUAGUUCUCCUCUGUGCUAUCAGACCUAAAAAGUUGGAAAUUUACUUGGAAUACUGACCCUUGUAAUUGAUAACUGUAUAAGAUUCUUCUUUCUUUUUUUUGGAUUGAACUGAACUAUUGAUUGUACAAUGUUCAAUAUAAUUGAUGUUUUCCA